AUGCCACUGUACAAACCACCCAAUCCCUCUGCACAUGUGCUUUCGCAAUUCUCCCUGAAAGGCAAGGUUGCUGCAGUCACUGGCGGCGCCAGAGGCAUCGGCCUGGAGAUUGUCAAAGGUUUAGCUGAGGCCGGCGCCGAUGUUGCGCUUAUCUAUGCAACCAACAAACAGGCCGAAGAGACGGCGAGCCAAAUCGCCAAGGAUACCGGUAUCAAAGUCGUGGCUUACCCGAGCGACGUGCGAUCCCGUGCCUCAAUAGCUGCAACUGUUGACCAGAUCGUCGCUGACUUUGGACGAUUGGAUAUCAUGGUUGCCAAUUCUGGCGUCUGUGCCGAUAUCCCCGGUCUGGAAUAUACUGAGGAGACGUGGAAAGAGAAUAACAGUGUCAAUCUCGACGGUGUCAUGUGGACUGCUCAAGCUGCUGGAAAGAUUUUCAAGCAGCAGGGGCGCGGAAACUUGAUUAUCACAACGUCAGUCAGCGCAACUCUCGUCAACAUCCCCCAGAAGCAGGCUGCGUAUAAUUCUUCCAAGGCGGCAGCUGUGCAUCUGGCAAAGAGCUUGGCUGUCGAAUGGGUGGACUUCGCCCGAGUCAACUGCGUAUCGCCUGGAUUCAUCGAGACUGACAUGUUAUACAUUCAACCGAAAGAGCGUUUCGACAAAUGGAUGGAGAUGAUUCCUGGCAAACGAAUGGCCGACGCAUCGGAACUCAAAGGCUACUUUGCCUAUGUUGCUAACAUGAUGAAGAUUUAUGUGUUCUUGGCCGGUGAUUCGUGCUGUUACAUGACGGGGGCGGAUAUCAUCGUUGAUGGAGGAUAUACUUUGACAUAA